AUGACGGCGCCCCGUGUCCUGCUAGUGCUCGCCACGGCCUUCUUCGUACUCACAACAUUGCCAUGGGCCGCUCUCUCGGACGGCGAGCACCGGAGCGUCAUGUGGCGCGGCGACUCCUUCGCCGUGGAGGACGCCGGACACGUCCUGGUGUCACGGAGCGGUAACUUCGCGUGCGGGUUCCGCGAGGUGGCCACCAACACCUACACGUUCGCCAUCUGGAUCACGGCGGCGGCCGACGCCACCGUGGCCUGGACGGCCAACCGCGACGCCCCGGUGAACGGCCGGGGCUCCCGCUUCGAGCUCCGGAAGGACGGGUCCGGCCUGGCGCUGGAGGACUUCGACGGCCGCGUCGUGUGGAGCACCAACACCACCGCCACCAAGGCCGACCGCGCCGAGCUGCUCGACACCGGCAACCUCGUCGUGUCCGACGCGUCCGGGCGCGCGCUGUGGCAGAGCUUCGACUGGCCAACCGACACGCUCCUCCCGGGCCAGCCCAUCACGCGGUACCGGCGCCUCGUGUCGGCGUCGGCGAGGGGCCUGCCGUCCUCGGGCUUCUACAACUUCUACUUCGACAGCAACAACAUCCUCAACCUCAUGUACGAGGGCCCGGAGAUCAGCAGCAACUACUGGCCGGACCCCUUCAACAAGUGGUGGGUCACGUGGGUGGCCAUGUCGCGCCCGUGCGACAUCCACGGCAUCUGCGGCCGCUACGGGCUGUGCACGUACGAGCUGGGCGGCGCGCCGGUGUGCUCCUGCCCCGAGGGGUUCGUGGUGGCCAACGGCAGCGACUGGAGCAAAGGCUGCCGGCGGGAGUUCGAUGUCAGUUGCGGCGAGGACGUGGACUUCGCGCCCAUGCCGGUCGCAGACUUCUGGGGCUUCGAUUUUAACUACACCGAGGGGCUGACCUACCACACGUGCCGCCAGAUCUGCCUCGACGACUGCAACUGCGAGGCCUUCGGCUACAAGAAGGGCGUCGGGCAGUGCUACCCCAAGAUCGCGCUCUUCAGCGGCCGCAUCUCCGACUUCAGGCAGGUCAUCUACCUCAAGGUGCCCCGCCGCCUCGAGAAGAAGUUCGACCCCUCCGUUCUGCGCCUCGGCGGCCACGCGUGCACCGUGCGCGAGGUCAGAGCCAACACCAGCGCGGCCAAUUACCUGCGGAGAGCCGUAGGCGGCAAGAUCAACUUCGUCUACUUCUACUCCUUCCUGGCCGGGCUGUUCGUCAUGGAGGUCAUCUUCAUCGCCGUCGGGUAUCUGUUCGUGUUCCGGGCCGACCCGGCGGCGCGGCAGAUCCGCGACGAAGGGUACAGCCUGGUGCUCAGCCACUUCAGGAGGUUCACGUACGACGAGCUGUCGAGCGCGACGUGCCAGUUCAGCGACGAGGUCGCUCGGAGCGCGUCGGGGGCAGUGUACAAGGGCGUGCUGGGCGAUGGCAGGAGUGUCACUGUAACAAGGCUGGAGGCGGUGACGCAGGCCGACGAGGUGUUCCGUUCGGACCUCAGCGUCAUUGGGCGGAUCAACCACAUGAACCUGGUAAGGGUUUGGGGCUUCUGCUCCGAGGACUCGCACCGGCUCCUCGUCUCCGAGCACGUCGAGAACGGCUCGCUCGACAGGGCCCUCUUCCUCGACGGCGAGGACAGCACCGUCGCGCUGGGAUGGCAGUCCAGGUUCGGGAUCGCGGUGGGCGUCGCCAAGGGGCUGGCGUACCUCCACCACGAGUGCCUCGAGUGGAUCGUGCACUGCGACGUGAAGCCGGAGAACAUCCUGCUCGGCGCCGAUUUGGAGCCAAAGAUCACCGACUUCGGGCUCGCGAAGCUGCUGAGCCGCCGGGACGAACGCGGCCGCAUGCUGUCCAAGGUUCAGGGGACCAGGGGCUACAUCGCGCCGGAGUGGGCGCUGAACCUCCCCAUCACCGGCAAGGCCGACGUGUUCAGCUUCGGCGUCGUGCUGCUGGAGCUGCUCCGCGGGCAGAGGGUGUGCGACUGGGCGGUGGUGGACGACGGCGCGGCAGGAGAGGAGAUGCUGCGCCUGGACUUUCCGCGGCUCGUGGCGCUGCUGAGGGAGGAGGUGAGGGACCUGCGGGAGGCCUGGCUGGAGGAGUUCGUGGACGCGCGGCUCCGCGGCGACUUCAGCUAUUUGCAGGCCGCCAUGAUGCUGGAGGUGGCGGUGUCGUGUGUGGACGACGACCCCGCCAAGAGGCCCAGCAUGGACGCCGUCGUGCAGAAGCUCCUCACGUCGCAGGACGUCGUGCCGCCGUCAAUGCGGCAUGCGUCGUCUCCUGUCCCGGGAAUUCGGCGCCAGCGCCACGCAUCAUUUUCUGUCGCAGAAAUUAGUCACAUGGUCUAA